UUCCAAACGAAACCGCACCAAGCAAUGGCGCGAAGAAAAAUCUCUUCAUCGUCUUCCGCUCCAAUUCCAAUCGGUAACUGCGAGGUCACGGUCGAAGCAAGCAACUUCAGCUUCCAAUCGGACCCCAACAGCCUCCAAAUCUCACUCUACAAAGGCGCAAGGGUCAUAAUAUCAGUGAUGGAAGAGAUGAAUAGAAAGAUCAGUAGUCAUAUUGGGGAUUCGGAUUCUGAAGGGAAAGAGGAGGAGGAGAAAGUUUCUUUAAUGCUACUUAAUCCUAAGGACGCCGAUAGCUGUACUAAAUCUUAUCUUCAGGAAGUACUAAAGAUGUACAUGAAGGAGCUUCCCGCAAUGAAUUAUGCUGCCAAUACUGGAAAGCAGUCGAUGUUCCUGGAAAGAUGUGUAACAAAUGGGAAGUAUUGUACGUUGCUUUUGAAAUCCAACUCUUUGGGAGAAUUCGGAGAGGUUAUAGCUGCAAUUACUUAUCAAAUAAUUCCUGCUGAUACUCAACAUGCUGAGAUCCCUCUUGCUGCCGUUAGGUCAAUUUACCAACACAAGGGUUUCGGUUGCCUGUUGUACAUGGAAUUGAGAAGGAGACUGCAAAGUGUUGGUAUUCGCACAAUAUUCUGUUGGGGAGACAAGGAAUCUGAGGGGUUUUGGCUUAAACAGGGAUUUGUAUCAAUAGCACAGGUGAAUGCCAAGGGUAGACCUCUCAGGCUACCUAUUAAAGCUGACAUACGUAGAGCAUUAUGCUUUCCUGGUGGUUCAACCCUAAUGGUUUCGCAUCUUAACAAGGAUUGUUCAGAUAAUUCUGCAGAUUUGUUAAGAUUGCGUUUGCCAUUAAAGCCUCAUGAGAAGAGUUCGUCGUCUACUGCUUGUGGAGUUCAACAGCUUGGACAUUCUAGAAAUGAAAAAAUUUCAACUGAAGGGUUGAUGAAUGAUGGGCUCUCCAGGGAGGACGACAAUUUAGGUGGAGCAGACUGCAAUAACAUGGCUGGUGGUCCAGAGCUAUCCAAGAAAGGAGCUGAUCCGAAUGUGAAGCAUUGUUCUUGUUCUACACAAGGUGCAAAGAGGAGGGUUUGGGAAGCCUCUUUAUCCUCAUUGAAGUCAAAAAAAGUAAAGGGAAGUCAUUCAAUUGACUGUCAGGUAGAUUCUACCUGUGGCUUAGCUUUCGGAAGUGUUGAGAAUGAUUCUUGUUUUCAAGGAUGUUCCUUGGAGACUUCAAAAAACACAUCUUUGGUGAGAGAUACUCCUAGAGUUCCAUGGAGUCGUAAUUGCAUGGAAAAGAUUGCUGAAGAACAUGGAUCAGUUAAUGUAAUGCCAGAAGCUUUGGCCAGUACAGAUUUUCAGUCAAAGAGAGAAUGCUUUAGAAUCAUUUUGAUGAAUAUUGCUGAUGAUGCUAAGAGAAAUCAUCUCAUAAAGGUAAUUGAAGACCUUGGUGGUGCUGUUGUCUCUGAUGGAAGUUUAAGCACACAUGUUGUCACGGGAAAAGUGAGAAAAACAUUGAAUUUCUGCACUGCUCUGUCUUCAGGGUUAGUUUUAUUCUUAAAAAGCAACGCCACAUGGAUUCAUACUCUUUGCUUUCAUUGCUAA